CAUAGUCGUCAUAGUCCAUUGGUCUUACUGUCUUAACUCUUAAUAUUUACUGUUAUUAACUUGACUAUACGUUUAUAUACGUCUUUAUUCUGUAGAGUGUAGACCGUCACUCGCCCGCAGUCAUCAUUCCAAUCCGAAUUCGUCAUACGACAGUAGGUACUCAUUAGUCAUCAGAUGAUGCGCGGGAAGUGAUGACGUGUGUCUCGUACUCUCGUGUCUCAUUGUUGAAUACCCGUUGGCCGUUACACUAUGCAAUAUUAUUAAUGGAACGCCAAAACGAACAACAAAUCUUAGCGGAGUGUAAUUAUUAAGUGCUAAUCAACUUUUUUGUGUUCGUAUAGAUAUACGAUGAAUUCGAGAUUGUCACUGAUGGAAAUCAACAUACCUACUGUAUUAAUAUAGGUGUAAUUGAUCUUUUAUUUCUUAAUCUUCUGAACGCCUGAGCAGCACCGCGAAACAUGGAUUAUAACAGUAUUGAUGAAGAUGAUGUUGAAAAUUUAAGGCUAGCUGCUCUUAUGACGAUAAAAAAAAAAUCAUAUUUACCAGAAAGUAGAAUACAGAAGUCUGAAAAAGAUUUUCCUAGUAUAUUUGCACACAGUAGUAGUUCCUAUAAUUAUUCUACUAAAAACGAAGGAGAAUCUACAUCAAAUAAAUUAUUCAAUAAAUAUCCAUUAAGACGUGCAAGUUUUAGAAAAUCAGCUUAUUCUAAUAGUAAUUUGAUUUCUAUUAUACCUUCUGACAUUAAAUGUGAUUUUCAUACUGAUUUAACUAAUUCUACUCCUGUGCUUACUUCUGAGGACAAAAAUGUUUCAAAUAUUCCAAAUUUGAAUAAUGAAGCCAAUAAAGUAUCUACUAAAUUCAGUAGGUUAGAACAUGAAUCUGAUUCUGAAGAAAGUGAAGACAGUGAUUUAGAAACAUACAAAAAAGAAGAGUCAGAUGAUAGUGAUAUUUUAUCAUUAGGAGAAAAAGAUAAAGAUCUUGAUGAUCUCGAAAAGUUAAUGGAUAUUAUAGAGGCUGAAAUUACUAAUAAAGAUAAUGAAUCAUCUAAAAAAGAAAGUUCCGAGUUAAAAACAAACAAUAAUUAUGUAGUAAAAAAUGCUACUGAAUUGAAUGUUGGCAAAAAUAAACUUAUUCCUUUAAAUCAACCUAAGAUUAUUGAAGAUUCUAAAUUGCAAUUAAAUCUACCUCCAUGUACUUCAUUAAAAUCAUGUGCUAUUUUAAAAUCUCCAAUUCCGUAUAAUAGAAAGAGAUCAACAUCACCUUGUAUUAAACAUUUAAAUAGAUGUUCUACACAAGUUGACCAUUCAAAGCAUCAAAGCAAGUCUUCACCUCCAACAAAGUUAUCACCGAUAAAAGAAAAAAAUGUUUCUCCGUUAAAAUGUUUUCCUCAAGAAACUCAAGAUCCUUCAUCAUCUUUAAAUAAAACGUACAGUGUUUUAUCACAAGUUACAUUACCUAAUAUAAGACAAUUAUCUCCAUUUGAUAGAAUAAGUAGAUCUCCUCACAAAAGAAAAUCAAGAUCACCAAAUAAUGAAAAAUCAAAUAGCCCAAUAAAAAAACUAAAAUCAAGACUAAUAUCUCCUACUAUUCCACGAGUUGAUAGUAAUGAUAACUUGCAGAAAACAAUUAAAAUUAAAUCUAUCGAAAAGCAAGAGAUAAUGAAACAAUUUGAUUCUAUUGUAAAAGUGGCAGAUGAUAAAAAGCUAUGUAUACAACAUAAUGAUUCUGUUGAUCUGAGAACAGAAAUAAAACGACGAAGAGCUCUUCGACUAAAUAUGAAUCAUUUGGAUGUAAAGAGAAAAUCAGAAUCACUUUAUCCUACUCGGUUAUUACAGUCUGCGAUUAAAGAUGUAGUUGAUUCAAGUGCCCAUGAAGUAAAAAGAGAUAAAUGUCCUUACAAACUUGGAAUUAGAUUGGAAACUAAAGGCGAUUCAAUGAGUCGAAGUGUCGUUUUACUUUCAGACAAUCAAUAUAAUAAUAGUGAUAAAUUAGAAUUUUCUACAAGUGCAAAGAGACUAAAAAGCAAUUUCAAGAAAGAACCAUUACAUUUGAGAGUAACAAGUAUUCAUAAUAAUAACAUGAAACUAAAAGGAUCAAAGAAGAUCAUUAGGCAAAAUAUUAAUGUUACAGAUAUUGAUCAGAUGUAAAUAUUCACAACCAUAUUCUUCAGUAUAACACUAGUGGAAGCGUGUUUUAUAAUUUUGGUCAUUAUGUAUAUUAGAUUCAUUUUGACAUUUUCUACUUGGAUGACAAUCAACUUUGUACGCUUAAAAUGUUUUGGUGCUGUAUAUUUAUAUAUAUUUUAUGUCAUCAAAGUUUCAACUUAAACAUUCUUAAUUUAUUUGUUAUUAAAUGUGUAGUUAAGUUAAAAUAUUUGUUUUUUUUUUUAAUCAAGUUCACAAAUUGUAUUUUUAACUUUUAUCAUCUUUAAACUUCUGUUGAUUAACUAAAAAGAUAAUUUAAUAAUAAAAAAAAAUUGUUACUUUAUUGCAUGUAUUUAACAUGUACCUAUACAUUAUAGUUAUAUUAUUUAAAUACCAACAUGCCAACAGUUUUCUAACUUGUGAAAAAAAAAAUUGUCAAGACUACUAUUGUUUCAAUUAAAUUAAUUUUGUAUUAAAAAUUAAAUUUGUAAAUU